UGCCGCAGAGUCGGGCGGGCCCCGCUCCCGGUGCAGGUGACCGGGCCGCAGCGGACGCCCCGGAGUCCGGCCACGAUGCUGCGUUUGGCUGCUUUUGCAGCUGUGCUGCUGUUCUUCAGGGUCACUCUGGAACUGUCCUGGGCCCAGGCCAUCCCUGCUCUCUUCAUCUUCUACCUGGCAUCUGGUGGAUGGGACUUCUUCCUCGUAUUCCUCAAGACAGUAUCAAGGGAUGUCAGCACGGGGCUGGUCCUGUUGCGUGUGAAGUGGCAGGUGUGGAGGCAUGUGAGGGAGAAGAGCACAAUCCCCAAGAUCUUCCAGAAGACGGUGAGGAAGUAUCCAGAGAAGACAGCCCUGAUCUUCCAAGGCACAGGGGAGAGCUGGACCUUCCGUCAGCUGGACGAGUACUCCAACCAGGUGGCCAAUUUCUUCAAUGGCCAAGGUUUCCGCUCGGGUGACGUAGUGGCACUUUUCAUGGAGUCCCGCAAUCAGUACGUGGGGCUGUGGCUGGGCCUGGCCAAGAUCGGGGUGGAGACGGCCCUCGUGAAUUCCCACCUGCGCUCGGAGGCCUUGCUGCACUGCAUCACCAUCUCCACCUCCAAAGCUGUGGUUUUUGGGGUGGAAAUGAUGGAAGCAAUGCAGGAAGUGCAGUCCUCCCUGGAUAAAUCCAUCCAUCUCUUCUGGUCCGGGGAAGAAAAUCCCAAAUCCGUCCUUCCUGGUGCAAAACACCUGGACCCCCUCCUGCAGAUGGCCCAGCGACACCAGCCAGUUCCCCCUAAUAAGGGCUUUCUUGAUAAACUCUUCUACAUCUACACCUCUGGCACGACAGGGCUGCCCAAGGCUGCCAUUGUGGUGAACUGCCGGUACUUCCGCAUGUCCAGCUUAGUUUUUUACGGUUUUCGGAUGAGGUCCGACGAUGUGAUAUACGACUGCCUCCCACUCUAUCAUGCUGCAGGGAACAUCGUGGGGAUUGGGCAGUGCCUGCUGCAGGGCAUGACGGUUGUCAUCCGCAAGAAGUUCUCAGCCUCACACUUUUGGGAGGACUGUGUGAAAUACAACUGCACGAUUGUGCAGUACAUCGGGGAGAUCUGCCGCUACCUGCUGAACCAGCCAUACCAGGACACUGAGAGGCAGCACCGGGUGCGCAUGGCCCUGGGCAAUGGGCUUCGGGCCUCUAUCUGGAGGGAAUUCAUGGCCCGCUUUGGCAUCACCCAGGUGGCCGAAUUCUACGGGGCCACCGAGUGCAACUGCAGCCUGGGAAACUUUGAUGGCAAUGUUGGGUCAUGUGGCUUCAACAGUAGGAUCCUACCAGGUGUGUACCCCAUUGGUUUGGUGAAAGUGGAUGAAGACACUAUGGAGCUAAUCCGGGGACCGGAUGGUGUCUGUAUCAGCUGCAAACCAGGGGAGCCAGGGCAACUGGUGGGUCGCAUUGUCAGGAGCAAUCCCCUGCAGCACUUCGAUGGCUACCUGAAUCAGUCAGCCACCAACAAGAAAAUUGCCAGGGAUGUAUUUACAAAAGGGGACGCUGCCUAUCUCACAGGGGAUGUCCUGGUGAUGGACAAAUAUGGCUACAUGUACUUCCGAGACCGCACUGGGGACACGUUCCGAUGGAAAGGGGAGAACGUCUCCACCACAGAGGUGGAGGGAACACUGAGCCGCAUCCUCAACCUGACGGACGUGGUGGUUUAUGGUGUGGAGGUCCCAGGGAUUGAAGGGAGGGCAGGAAUGGCAGCCAUUGCUGACCCGGAGAACUCCUGUGACCUAGAAGACUUCUCCAGCAAGCUGAAAAAGGCCCUGCCACUGUAUGCACGUCCUGUCUUUCUGCGGUUCCUGCAUGAAGUCUCCAAGACAAGCACUUACAAGUUCCAGAAGAUGGAGCUGCGGAAGCAGGGCUUUGACCCCACACUGGUGAAGGACAGGUUGUAUUUUCUGGACUCCAGGCAAGGCUGUUACCUGCCACUGGACCAGGCAGCAUUCGGCAGAAUCCAGUCAGGAGCCCAGAAGCUGUAACUGGUGGGGCUCGAGCAAGGCACCUCCCAAAUCCUGCUGGGGAGAGGGGGCAAGGCAGGC